AUGAAUUCGCUUGCUUCUUGUGGACCUGCUCCGUUCAGCGACGACCCCGAAGUGAUAAAGGCAAGGGAAACAAUCGAUUACUCCGAGAAGAUCAGUCUGGAAGACGCGAUUGCGGGCAACGGUUUGUCGCGUUUCUCACUCCAAUUCAUGUCAUUUCCUUUCAGUUUCUCGACCAGUUCGCGUCUACGCCGAUGGAGUUUACGACAUGUUCCACUACGGACACGCGAAUCAGUUCCUGCAGAUCAAACAAGCUCUGCCGAACGUUUAUCUGAUUGUAGGCGUGUGCUCCGACAAAGAAACCCUCGAAUACAAGGGAAGGACUGUGCAGCCCGAGAACGAGCGAUACGAUGCUAUCAGACACUGUCGCUACGUCGACGAGGUCUUCAAAGCCUCUCCGUGGACUUGUCCGAUUCCUUUCCUCAAAGAUCUUAAGGUUUGAACGUGUUUUUGGAUGCGAAAGAGUUGCAAUACAAAUUAAGAUCGACUUCAUGUCCCAUGACGCUCUCCCUUAUCAUGGACCACUGGGGGAGGACAUUUACGAGAAGCACCGAGCGGCGGGAAUGUUUCUGGAGACGAAGAGGACCGAGGGAAUCUCCACUAGCGACUCGAUCUCUCGCAUCAUUCGAGAUUACGACACGUACGUUCGGAGGAACUUGCAAAGGGGAUACUCUGCUAAAGAACUGAAUGUCGGAUUCCUAACGGUAAAAAAAGGAAGCCGAUUUUUAUGAAAUAUUUUAAAAUUUCAGACGAGCAAGUACCAUAUUCAAGACAAAAUGGUGGAAGUCAAAGAAAAGGGGCGGGGCCUUCUCGCCACGUGGAAAGGGCGGUCAGAUCAUCUGAUCAACGGCUUCAUAAGCACCUUUGCGAGAGACCAAAGCAAUGAUUCACCUUCAAAUUCCUCGGGAAACGUCUCGCAGAACACUGCUCCGAUGGGCGCUGAUAACUCCCGAAACAACUGA